UUGAUCUCAGGGUCAUGAGUUCAAGUCCUGCAUUGGGCUCCAUGCUGGGUGCGGAGCCCUAAAAAAGAAAGAAAAAAGAAAAAAGGAAUAGAGUUUUUAAAAACUGCACAAAUUUUGAAUGUCAUUCAUUCAGUAAAUGUUUUUUGAGCAUCUGUCCUCUGCAGGUGCUAUGUCAGAUGUGAGGGAUAGACAGUGGACAGGUCGAACAUAGUCCUUGCCCUCAUGGAGCUUAUAUUCUAUAAGGGGAAAUAGACAUUAAACAAAGAAUUACAGAAUGGACUAGUUCAAUUUUCAGUUCCCUUUUUUCUUUAAAAUUAAUGUCUGCAUUUAACAUGGUAAUUUCUGUCUUGAAAGCUAUGAUUGUCAGUGUAUGUCACAGUGGUAUUUUCAGAAUUGAGGAAAUACAGUAAUCUAUUUACAACUGUGUUAAGCGCUUUGAGUGGACAGUAAAUGAUUUUAUUAAAAAGUGUGUGAUAGGGGACUUGACAUGUUUGGAGGCUUUGGGAAGGCUUCCCUGAGCCCUUUCAACUGAGUUCUGAAGGAUGAAUGGAAUUAUUGAGGGGAUAGAGUUGUCAGAUGUGGGAAAGAGCUUUCCAGUCAGAGGGAAGAAUGUGUGACAAGCUUUUGAGCCUGAAAGAAUAUGGAGAAUUCGAGGAAUAAUAACAACAGCUAACAUGUACUGAUUACUGAGCUCAUAUUACGUACCUGUCACUGUCCUAAGUUCUUUAUUUUGUUGAUUAUGAAUGCAGGGCAUGGAGAAGUGAAGUAACUUGCCCAAGGUCACAUAGCUAAAAAGGCAGAGGCAAGGCUGGCAGCAAAACGGGCUGCCCGGGCAGAAGCAAGGGAUAUACGCAUGAGAGAACUGGAGCGACAACAAAAAGAGCACUGUCAUUAUUCCUUUGAUCGGAAAUGGGGACAGAUUCAGAAGUGGCUGGAAGAUUCAGAAAGGGCCAGGUAUUCCCACCGGUCCAGUCAUCAUCGACCUUAUCUGGGAGUUGAGGAUGCGUUGUCCAUUCGAAGUCUUGGCAGUCACAGGAACCCAUCGAAGGACAUAACUGGGACACACUGGAGCAGAGCCAGUACACCCAAAAGGAAAGACAUCAUGUAUGAUGCUCUCAAGGAUAGAUCAUCAAGACUUUCAUCAUUAAAUCAUUCUUACAGUCAUUCUUAUGGAAUGAAGAAGAGGUCUUCUGGUUCUCAUAAAGACCCACUGAGUGGCCUCUACUUUGACCAGAGAAACUAUAGCAGUCUUAGACAUAGCAAACCCACCUCUGCCUACUACACUCGGUCUUCUUCCCUGUGUAGUGACCCUCUGGCGACCUCAAAGAGUACCAGGGCCUCCUCUACUGCAAAUUCUGGUCUGCUGAGAAGUACCAGCCUGGUGUCAUUGUAUCAUGGUGGAUUAUAUAACCCUUAUGGGUCUCGAACUCCAUCUGAAUACAGUUACUACUCAUCAAGAACAAGUUCGGCCCGAAGCAGUCCUGUGUUUACCAAUGAUGACACUGCAAGCAUUGCAUCCUCUGGUCGCGCCAGUCGUGGGCGAAGGGACAGUGUGGUUUCUACCGCUGAUUAUUUUAGUCGCUCCAAUCGUAGGGGGAGUGUAGUCUCAGAGGUGGAUGACGUCAGUAUCCCCGAUUUGACCAGCUUGGAUGAAAAAUCUGACAAACAGUAUGCUGAAAAUUACACAAGGCCUUCAUCUCGGAAUUCUGCCUCAGCAACAACCCCUCUGAGUGGAAACUCAUCCAGACGAGGGAGCGGAGACACCAGCAGCUUAGUAGAUCCAGACACCUCAUUAAGUGAAUUGCGGGAUAUCUAUGACCUUAAGGACCAGAUACAGGAUGUAGAAGGGAGAUACAUGCAAGGGCUUAAAGAACUAAAGGAGUCUUUAUCCGAAGUGGAAGAAAAAUACAAGAAAGCCAUGGUUUCCAACGCACAGUUAGACAAUGAGAAGAACAAUUUGAUCUACCAGGUAGACACCCUCAAGGAUGUUAUUGAAGAACAGGAGGAACAAAUGGCAGAAUUUUAUAGAGAAAAUGAAGAAAAAUCAAAGGAGUUAGAAAGGCAGAAACAUAUGUGUAGUGUGCUACAGCAUAAGAUGGAUGAACUUAAAGAAGGCCUUCGACAGAGAGAUGAGCUCAUUGAGGAGAAUCAGCGAAUGCAGCAGAAAAUAGACACCGUGACAAAAGAGGUGUUUGACCUCCAGGAGACACUUCUUUGGAAAGAUAAAAACAUUAGGGCCCUAGAGAAACAGAAAGAAUACAUUGCCUGCCUUAGGAAUGAGCGAGAUACGCUUAGAGAGGAGCUGGCUGACCUGAAGGAGACAGUGAAGACAGGAGAGAAACAUGGCUUAGUUAUAAUCCCCGAUGGCACUCCCAAUGGUGAUGUCAGUCAUGAACCAGUGGUUGGAGCCAUCACCGUGGUGUCUCAGGAGGCUGCUCAGGUCUUGGAGUCUGCAGGAGAAGGUCCACUAGAUGUCAGGCUACGAAAACUUGCUGAAGAAAAGGAAGAGCUACUAUCACAGAUCCGGAGGCUGAAGCUGCAGCUGGAGGAGGAGCGGCAGAAGUGCUCCCGGAGCGAGGGCUCGGCGGCUGACACGGCGGGGCUGCACAACGGCUCCGACCUGCAGUUCAUCGAGAUGCAGAGAGAUGCCAAUAGACAAAUUAGUGAAUACAAAUUUAAGCUUUCAAAGGCAGAACAGGAUAUAGCCACGUUGGAGCAGAAUAUCAGCCGGCUGGAGGGCCAGGUGCUGAGGUAUAAGACCGCCGCGGAGAACGCCGAGAAAGUGGAAGACGAACUGAAGGCGGAGAAGAGGAAGCUACAGCGAGAGUUACGAACAGCACUGGACAAGAUUGAGGAGAUGGAGAUGACCAACAGCCACCUGGCCAAGCGGCUGGAGAAGAUGAAGGCCAACAGGACAGCACUUCUGGCCCAGCAGUAGGAGGCUGCCCUCCGGCCCAGGCGCCGCUCCUGGGGCCCCUCCCAGAGGGACUGACUUUUUGUCCAUUGACACAGACCCCCCUUCAGUACUGUUGGAGUUUUGUCAUUAAAAUAGCCACCUUUGUAUUUUAUAAUUUAUGAGAAUGAAACAGGUUUGAAUCUUCAUGAAUGAA